GGGAUCCGCUGUGCUGAGAUGGCUAUGGUAUGUCUCACAGACUUUGAGGAGUAUGCCAAAGAGCACCUCUCCAAGGCAACCUGGGACUACUACGCAGCCGGAGCAGAUGAGUGCUGCACCAGGGACGACAAUCUGCUGGCCUACAAACGGAUCCGUCUGCGACCACGGAUUCUACGGGACGUGUCGGUGAGUGACACCAGGACCACGGUGCAGGGCACAGAGAUCAGCUUUCCUGUGGGCAUCGCCCCCACUGCCUUCCACUGCCUGGCCUGGCACGAGGGCGAAAUGGCUACUGCCAGGGGUACGGAGGCAGUGAACACCUGUUACAUCACCAGUACCUACUCCACCUGCUCUGUGGAGGAGAUCGUGGCUGCAGCACCUAACGGCUACCGCUGGUUCCAGCUCUAUGUGUACCGGGACAGGAAGCUGUCUGAGUCAAUCGUUCACCGUGUGGAGGCCCUAGGCUACAAAGCCUUGGUCCUCACCGUCGACGUGCCCUACACUGGGAAGCGCCGCAACGAUAUACGCAACCAGUUCAAGCUCCCGCCGCACCUCAAGGUCAAAAACUUUGACGGGGUCAUCCAGGAGGCUGCGAGUUCUGAAGAGUAUGGUAUCCCUUCCAACACCCUGGACCCCUCCAUCAGCUGGAAGGACGUAUACUGGCUGCAGUCUCUCACCCGCCUGCCCAUCAUCAUCAAGGGCAUCCUGACCAAGGAGGAUGCUGAGCUGGCCGUGGAGCACGGCGUCCAGGGCAUCAUCGUGUCCAACCACGGAGGACGCCAGCUGGACGGAGGGCCCGCCACGAUAGAUGCCCUAUCUGAGAUCGUGGAUACGGUGCAAGGGCGUAUCGAGGUGUAUCUGGACGGGGGGAUUCGCACCGGUAGUGACGUGCUGAAGGCCGUGGCUCUGGGAGCCAAGUGUGUGUUCAUCGGGAGGCCAGCCGUGUGGGGCCUUGCCUAUAAAGGUGAGGAGGGGGUAAGGGAGGUACUACAGAUCCUCAACGAUGAGUUCCGUCUGUCAAUGGCUCUGUCUGGGUGCAGGAACGUGGCUGAGAUCAACAGGAACCUCAUCCAGUUCUCUAAACUGUGACUUGACAGCAGGGGUUGCCAGAACCAGCCAGACAACUAUGACGACGCAGCAAAACGGAGCUAUCUUCUCAAUCAGUAUAACUUCGAAAUAAA